UGGCUCCAGCACAGGCCGGUCAGGGCUUCACACGGCGCUCGGGGUGCGGAGGUGGCGAGGGGACCGCCAUCGAUAACGCAGACAGGAAGGAGAAGGCCUCCGAGAUGCCCGACUCCCCAGCAGAGGUGAAGACGCAGCCCCGGGCCACGCCCCCCAGCAUGCCACCCCCGCCGCCCGCCGCAUCCCAAGGGGCCACGCGACACCCCUCCUUCACGCCCCACACACAUCAAGAGGACGGGCCUGCGAUGUCUCUGCCCCACGGCCGUUUUCAUGGCUGCUUAAAAUGGUCUAUGGUCUGUCUUUUGAUGAACGGCAGCGGCCACUCGCCCACGGCCGUCAGCGGCGCCCCGUCCACGCCCAACGGCGUCAGCAACGGCCCGGCCACCUCGUGCACGGCCUCGCUGUCCACGCAGCAGCUGCCCCCGGCCUGCGGGGCGCGGCAGCUCAGCAAGCUCAAGCGCUUCCUGGCCACCUUGCAGCAGUUCGGCAGCGACAUCUCCCCGGAGAUCGGGGAGCGCGUGCGCACGCUGGUCCUGGGGCUCGUGAACUCCACACUGACCAUCGAGGAGUUCCAUUCCAAGCUGCAGGAGGCCACCAACUUCCCGCUGCGGCCGUUCGUCAUCCCCUUCCUGAAGGCGAACCUGCCGCUGCUGCAGCGGGAGCUCCUGCACUGCGCCCGCCUGGCCAAGCAGAGCCCCGCUCAGUACCUCGCCCAGCACGAGCAGCUGCUUCUGGAUGCCAGCGCCUCCUCCCCCGUCAACUCCUCAGAGCUGCUGCUGGAGGCCAACGAGAGCGGCAAGAGGAGGACACCUGACAGGACCAAAGAGAACGGGUCAGACCGUGACGCGCUGCACCCGGACCACCUCAGCAAGCGGCCGUGCACCCUGAGCCCCGCCCAGCGCUACAGCCCCAGCAACGGGCUGCCCCACGCCACGCCGCCUCCGCACUACCGCCUGGAGGACAUGGCCAUGGCCCACCACUUCCGGGACUCCUACCGCCACCUCGACCCCCGGGAGCUGCGGGCGCGCCCUCGGCCGCUGGCAGUGCAGGGGUCUCGGCCCGAGGAAGUGAUUGACCACAGGCUCACGGAGCGCGAGUGGGCGGAGGAGUGGAAGCACCUCAACAACCUCCUGAACUGCAUCAUGGACAUGGCCGAGAAGACGCGGCGGUCGCUCACGGUGCUGCGCCGCUGCCAGGAGGCCGACCGCGAGGAGCUCAACCACUGGGUCCGGCGCUACAGCGACACCGCCGAGGAUGGCAAGAAGGGCCCCGUGCCCGCCGCCCGGCCCCUUGGCAGCUCCGCAGGCGUGGAGGGCUCGCAGCUAGACGUCCACCGGCAGUUCGUGCCUCGGACCCUGUCUGGCUACAUGCCCGAGGAGAUCUGGAGGAAGGCUGAGGAGGCGGUGAACGAGGUGAAGCGGCAGGCCAUGUCGGAGCUGCAGAAAGCCGUGUCUGACGCUGAGCGCAAGGCCCACGAGCUCAUCAGCACGGAGCGGGCCAAGAUGGAGCGGGCCCUGGCCGAGGCGCGGCGGCAGGCCUCCGAGGACGCCCUCACCGUGGUCAACCAGCAGGAGGACUCCAGCGAGAGCUGCUGGAACUGCGGGCGCAAGGCCAGCGAGACGUGCAGCGGCUGCAACGCGGCCCGCUACUGCGGCUCCUUCUGCCAGCACAAGGACUGGGAGAAGCACCACCACGUGUGCGGCCAGAGCCUGCAGGGCCCCGCGGCUGCCGCAGCCGAGCCGGCGCCCGGACAGUCCGACGCCUCCGCGGGCCUGGGCCCCUGCCUGCCCCCGGCCGCCGCCAGCCCCAGCGAGGCCGGCUCCACGGGGCCCUCCCGCCCCGGCUCCCCCGGCCCGCCCGGCCCGCCGGACGCCGCGCCCCGCUGACCCGCCAGGACCCGGUGCCCGUCGACCUGCCCGGCCCCGCCCGGCCCUGGAAGCCGAGCGCGGGAGUCACUGCUGCUACUGCUUCUCUCCAAAAGAUCACAGAACCGACAGGACUGCAUCAACGCAACUUCCUCAGCUGCCUGACCAUCACGCCUCGACCUCUUCGCGCACCCUCAGAAACCCUCUAGGAGCGGGACGGUCGCCGGCAGAGGUGGCCGCGCGCCCACACCCGCCUCUCCCUCCCUCUCUCGCGCGCGUUUUUCCCUCUUUUAUGACUUUCAUACACUUUCUCUUCGGUGAAAAAAUCUAAUUGUUUGGUGGCUUAUAUUUUCAUUGAAGAAUUUAGGGGGGCUUCAUGGCAAAAGAGCUACUCAGAAAUGGACAAAGAAAACUGAGGGGGGUGGUUUCCUCCCUUCCUGAUUCAAAAGGGAAAAAAAACUUCUUUCGUAGCCGGAGAUCCGAGCCGCUGUGUCACUGAAACCACCGCACGGGUGUGUGGCCCCUGUGGUGAGGAUGGUAAGGAAGAUGUCACUUUCAGACUCAAGAAGUAAUUUUUGGCUUCAGAUUUUUUUUUUCCUUUCAUGUCAGACUCUUUGGCUUUAAGUAGAAAUCCAAAAAGGUUUUUUUAAAAACGGUAAAGGAAGCAUACCUGUAAACUACCUUGCCAGCUAGCCAGCCAAGGACGCCGGACACACCUCUGCUCCAAAGGAAAUCCAAAAAGCAAACACAGGAAGUCAAAGUCCAAAAUGUUUUUGUCACUGCCAAAGUAUUUUUUUCACUCUUUUACUCCACGCUUGGGCUUGUUCCAACGUUGGUCUUUUCUGUUGCUUUGAUUCUGUUUGGGGGGUGUUGGGAUAUUGGGGUUUGGAGUGUUUUGUCCAAUAAGAAGCGACUUCUUUCUUUUCGACUCGACGGCCGCGCCUCCGCCUCCGCCGGGUGGGGUGGGCAGCGUGGCCCUCAGCACCCAUGCGUGUGUGCACGUGUGCGUCCGGGGCGCGUCCAGCGCACAUCUGCGCAUGUGCAGGGAGGGCACUGGUCUGUCCUCACACCCUCUGUGAAUUUCCAUCACAUUUCAUUCUUCCCAUUUGGGAAAAAAAGUGCUCAUGUGUCCUUCCCAGAGAGAACCUAAUUCCGAGACAAAACUGUGACAAUCUUUCGGGUUGAUUCUUGACUGCUUCUCCGAGUGCAAGGAGACAGCAACUGCGCCUUCCACAGCUGCGUCUCCUUGUCCUCCUCUACCUCUGCUCCCUCCUCAAAGCCUCCCACCCAGCUCGUCGUUCCGUCCCAACUGCUGCGUCUCCUGCAGCCCCUCUCCUGACUCCACACUUUUGCAGAAAAAGGGAAAAAAGCUACAAAGAAAAGCAAUCUGCCCUCCCUGCACCUUCUGGAGACUUGAUCAGCUGUAUAUAACCCUGCAUUUUUGUCCAGCUGUUCCUCAGGGGAUGUUCUCGCCGAAAUCCCCCCACCAAGCCUAGCCCUGCCCCCCCCGCCCCCACUCAGCUCCCCCAGCAAUCUCAAGGAGGAAAUAAAGGAAUAAGGAAAUUUUGAUCUGUACUCAAGUGGGAGAACAAACAGCAGACAGUCUCCGCACUGUGUUUUCUUGCAUGGCUGUAAGAAGUUCCCAGGACUGGAGUGCAAUAGUGACCAGCUACUGAAACCGGGUGCCCAGGGGCCCCGCAAGAGGCAAGAAGUCAAUAGUCUACGAUAAUGUGAAUGUAUAUAGUCCUUGCCGAGGUCCAGUGAUGAUAUUCACGAUAAUAAACGAGAGAUGUUUGCCAAAUAGAGAGAGACCGUGGAAGUGCAUAAAGUUUAGGAACUAGGUUUUCAAAGAAACCUGGACUGUGGUGCUGUGGGGAGCAGUGGGUGUGCUGAUCACUGUUACUUUCCAGAGUUGUGAGAAUUCAUCCUUCGAGUGUUGAGAGGAAGGAUUCCACCCGGUUGCCACAGACCAGGUGCCAUCCGAACCCUGCCUGGCGGAGCCCUAACUCUGACCAUCCAGCUAGACAUCUCACCCUCCAGGAAGGUCCGGGGCCGUGGGGCCGCCCGCCUCUCCGAGGCGCGCAUCUGUGGCUUUCGGAAGAGCAGGGACCAGGUGGGCUCUGGGCUCUGGGCUCUG